AUAGAUAAAAAAGUCUGCAACGUAGUAUAGCUGGUAAUCUCUCUGUAAUCUGUAUUUUUAUUAAAACCUAAACAUAAUUUAAAUUUAACCAAAAUUUUAUUUGUUAAUGAAAAAUUAUGAGUUGUAAACAACAAUAACAGAAACUAAAGAUGCCGCCUGUUAUACCUGAUAGAUGGAUACCAUACAAACCAUGUGGAAAAGUAAUUGAUGGAACUAGAAUAAUAUGUUUCAAAGUACCUCUAAGGACGAGUGUUCAGCAGGGAAAUAGUGCAAUUACUCAUAUAUGGGAUAUACCUGCUUUACUACGGGAAAUACCUAAACUGGGAGCGGUUAUUGAUUUAACAAAUACAGCCAGAUACUACAAUCCAAGGGACCUACAAGAGGCUGGAGUUCUACACAAGAAAAUUUUAAUGCCCGGCCGCGUUAUACCCCCUGAGAACAAAGUGACAGAAUUUAUGGAUACCGUUGACGAGUUCUUGGGAAAAGACUGCGACUUCCUCAUUGGUGUUCACUGUACUCACGGACUGAAUCGAACUGGCUAUAUGGUAUGCCGGUAUCUACGCGACCGCCUUGGUAUGCCCGGCAAAGACGCUAUCAAAAAAUUCGAAAGAGCUCGUGGGUACCAAAUUGAGAGGAAGAACUAUGUAGCGGAUAUAUUAGGGAAGAAGCCCCCACCCCCAGAUCUAGGAAAUUCAACACCAGUGAAACCUAUAGGUAUGCAUAACAUGUCAUAUAGAUCACCUCUCAACGAAUAUGAACAAAAUGAUUAUCAAAGUGAUGAUGACUGUAAGAGUAAUAAAAGAUUUGUGAAAAGAGAAAGAAUGUCACGGCCUAGAGGGAGAAUCACUAGGUGGAACCCCCGGCAAAGGAGUAGAAGCGAUAUAAGAAGGCAACACAGUUCCAGUCCAAAUAGACCGUACGAUUAUAAGUACGAUUACUGACAUUAACGUGUAGUGAAACUUUGUAUAUAUGAACCUUUUGAUUUUAUUGUUGAUAAAAUCUAGUGAUAUCAGUAAACAAAACUGUAUUUCAUACUACAUAAUAUUAAAUUUACUCGUGUUAUAAGAUUUACAUAGAAUGGAUAAUGUAUAGCAUAUAAUACAUAAUGUAUAAUACAUUUUAAAAAUGUAUUAUAUGAAAUUUCAUUUUUGGUUGUAUUUAAUAAUUUUAUUUGUAGUGAAAAUAUAUACCUAACAAAUAAUAGAAAAAUGUUUUCAUUUACAUAAUUUUGUCUAAUAAUAUAGGUAUUAAUUAUUUUAUAAAGUAAUAUUGCCGAUACUAACGUACAUAAUAAUACAAUGCAAUAGUAAUAAUAGUUAAUAGUUGCAUAUGCAUAGCAUGGGUAUAUGAAAUGAUUUUUUUACAUAGUAGACAUUUAAAGUAACUAUAUCCAAUAACAUAUUUUUAAUGUAUUCGUUUUUUCGUUUCAAAUCUAAAAUAUAAAUGUUAUCCACGCAUCGAUGACAUUGUGUCAGGAGUUCAAUUUUGAAUUCAUUUUUUUACUACGAUAGGAUACGUUAUUUUAUAUCUUUUUCAAUUAUACACCUAUUUUGAUAAUUCUUUUGGCUGUUGAUAAAUAGGGUUUAUUCCAAUUUUGGUCUUGUAUUGAUUUUGAUACAAUCGAAGUACUUUUUUAUUGCAUUAAAAUCUUAAAGUUUUGUAAUCAAAUCUAAUUUUGAUUGCAGAUUGAUGGAAAAAAAAAGUUUAAUUUAUAGUUUCAUUAUCAUUGCAAUCUCAUAUAGCUUAUUGUAUUUUUUAAUAUGAAUGUUUAUUAGAAUACUAACUGUGCCCGCGAUUUCGUUCGAGUGUACGUACCUUACAUUCCAUCAAAAUUAUAUUUAAUUUUGUACAAAAAUAUUACACUUAUUUCUUACGCUACAAAAAAGUUACCACAAAAACGUCUUACCAUUAAAAAGUUAAACUUUCGGUAAAUCCAACUAGCAAAAUAAUGUUAUUAUAAAAGUUUGUAAAACUAAAAACGUGGUCAUACAAAAACUAUAUUAUUGUUAAAUAUACAUUUAUUAAGAAACGCUAACACAAAGAGAUAAAGUGACAAAUAGCCUAACCAGGAAUAAAAUUAACAACUAUCGUUUUUGUAUUGUAAGGUCUUUAACCAGUGCGUGUUGCCAGUGACGACUUAUGGGACCGAAACAUGGUCCUACACGAUUGCCCGUAUGUAAAAGCUUCAACUUACUCAGCUGGCUAUGGAGAGGGCUAUGCUCGGAGUCUCUUUGCCUGAUAGAAUCUGAAACGAAGAUAUCCGCAAAAUAACCAACGUAACUGACAUAGUCCGAGGGAGCAAGCUGAAGUGGCAAUGGGCUGGUCACAUAACUCGAAAAACCGAUAGCCUAUGGGGAAGAAAGGUUCAAGAACUUUUCUUCGCCGUGGCGACUGCGUACGGACAAACGCGGUGUAGGCCGACCCGAAUAAUGGCUGAAAUGAUGAUUGGUAUCGUAUAUACUAAUAAAGUAAUCAAUGUACAGUUCUUUAGAUAAAUUUAAUGUACAGUUUUGACUUCCUUAUGAUUUUGGUAAAUGUGAUGAAAAUGAAGAUAAAUAUAAAUUAAAUUGUACGUUCUAUUUGUACUGAUAUUUUGUUUGGUUUUUAUUUAUUAAUUUUUUAUUUAAAUAGCAUGCAUAAAUACAUUAAACAAUAAUUUGUAUGAUCGAUAGUGUAAAUAUGUAUAUGUCACACUAUUGUUAACAAAAACAAAACGUAUUAUUUAACAAUUUUAUACUUUGUGUUCUUUUCUUUAAAAUUAUCUGUAUUUUAAAGUUUACUUAUAGUAUAUAUAUGCAUAUUUAGUUAUAUAUUUACCGUACAAUGGGUUAGUAUCUCGUGUGUCCUGCGCUAUAAUAUAAAAAAAAAAAAAAAAAAAUUACACGUACUUCUAUGUCUGCUAUGAAUGUUGGUCCGAAGUUUCACGUAAGAAUAAAACACGAACGUGUUGUAGUCUCAUAAAAAUGCUAUCAAAAUGUUAUGAUUUUGGUUUUUCGGAAUUGUGACGAACGAACUGUGACUAUUAGUAUCUGGGCCCGACUUCUAUAUCACCUGUUUUAUGGUGCAAACGAAAUUUUGGUGCGAAUAUUCACCUCGUAUUUCUUGAAGUACGUGCUUACUUAAAUUAUUUUAAUUUGUUUUUAUUUUUUACUACUUGUUAGUAUAGAGUAUAAAUCAAUAAGUAUGUAUAAUAGUUCUCUUCGACUUUGUUGAGAUAAUUUUUUUUUGUGAAAAGUAUUUUUAAAAAUAAAAAAAUUUCAUAUUGGUUAUUUAGAAACAAUAGGAGUGUGGUUUGUAAAGUUAUAUUUAUGUAUAUGUUGUUUGACUAAUAGACCAAUAUAAAGAGGCGUUCACACAGGUAAUUUUUAUACAGAGUUAAUCUGCAAACCAUCGAUGGUUUCUGACGUCUAGAAUUGACGAAGUGGUAUUUUUAUCGUUAGCAUCAGAUAAAAUACAUUGCAGUAAAUAAUUUGCUGCUAUCAUGGUGUCGUAAUAAAUAUUGCCCAGAUUUGCAAAAUGAAUUUGCCAGUGUAAACGUACCUUUAUUAGUGAGUAUCUUUCAUACUGUUAAUUUUUACAGAGUUCAAAAGAGAUGGUAAAAUUAAAAAGUGUAUUUUAACAAA